UUCCAACGACUGCAGGUACUGGAAGCGAAACUACUGGGGUAGCUAUUUUUGAUUAUGAACCAUUAAAAGCAAAAACAGGAAUUGGCAGUCGUACUAUCCGACCGUUGCUUGGUAUCGUGGAUCCACUGCAUACAUUACAUAUGCCUGAAAGCGUUGCUGCUUAUAGCGGGUUUGAUGUCUUGUGCCAUGCUUUAGAGUCUUACACGGCUAUUCCAUUUAAUGAGCGAACCCCUCGUCCCAGUAAUCCAAUUGAAAGACCAGCCUAUCAAGGUAGUAAUCCAAUUAGUGAUAUUUGGGCAUUGGAUGCACUCAAGAUAAUAAAAAAAUAUAUGCGAAG